CGGGCUCGAAUAUGGUCUCAAAUGAUUUGUACGUUUUGAUCUGCCCAGCGAUAGAACGCGUGAUAACAAGGCAAACGCAUCUUGAUCUUGAAAUUAAGAAACAUGGACUCCGCACAGACGACAUCAUCGGCGGCAGCUACGACCGGCGGCGUUGCGGCGGGGGGAAACGGCAUGAUGAUCACACAAUCCAACGAUGCCUCGCCUGUGGAUUCUUCCGCCACCACCGCUGGGACAGCCUCAACCCCAACGGACGAUCAAAAACAAAAUUUGACUCAAGUCAUAAAUUCAAUCCAGAAAACCCUAGGCCUUCUCCACCAGCUCUAUCUCACAGUAUCCUCCUACAAUGUCGCCUCGCAACUACCCCUCCUCCAACGCCUAAAUAAUUUGGUGUUGGAGCUGGAUAAUAUGACGAGACUGGCGGAGAAGUGUAACAUUCAGGUGCCCAUGGAGGUUCUGAAUUUGAUUGAUGAUGGGAAGAAUCCUGAUGAAUUUACACGGGAUGUGUUGAAUAGCUGCAUUGCCAAGAAUCAGAUUACAAAAGGGAAGACAGAUGCCUUCAAGGGCAUGCGGAGGCACCUUCUUGAGGAACUGGAACAGGCAUUUCCUGAUGAGGUUGAAACUUAUAGGGAGAUACGUGCAGCAUCAGCGGCUGAGGCCAAACGAGCUGCACAAGCACAAAGCAUGCUACCAAAUGGAGAUGUGAAAGUAAAGACAGAGAACUGAGAAGUAUGGUUGAUUCAGUAGUCAAGUUAUAAGUUUGAGGUUUGUUCAGCUAGGAUUUGUCAAUAAGUAAACUCCACAGUAGCAUUUAUGUAAAAUUCUGUAAUGACAUUAUGAAACAUAAUGUUCUAUAUGGUUCCAGUUGAAGCUUAAAUAAAACUUACUUGAAAAUA